AUGGAGACAGCAACCGAGGCUUUAAUAAAAUUUAUGAAAUUAGUCUUGACAGAAAACGGUGGAGAUGAUUUUAGAGACUUUCCAGAUUUGAUGUACUUAACAAGGAAAAAACUUGGAUUAAAAGAUCAUUUUCAUAGCUUCGUUUCUU